AGCAGCAGCGGCAGCGGCAGCAGCAACAGCGGCAGCAACAGCAACAACAGCAACGAGGCGGCGGCGGCGCUGAGGCGGGCUGCGCGCUGCAGAGCGGCGACGCCAGGAGCUGGGAGAGCGCCUGGCGAGCGCGGCCGGGGCCGCGGAGCUGGGCGCUGAGGCCGCAAGCAAAGGGCGCGGCGGGCCCGCGGAGCAGGACUGGGUCAACAGGCCCAAGACCGUGCGCGACACCCUGCUGGCCUUGCACCAGCACGGCCACUCGGGGCCCUUCGAGAGCAAGUUCAAGAAGGAGCCGGCCCUGACUGCAGGCAGGUUGUUGGGUUUCGAGGCCAGCGGGGCCAACGGGUCUAAAGCAGUUGCAAGAACAGCAAGGAAAAGGAAGCCUUCUCCAGAACCAGAGGGUGAAGUCGGGCCCCCCAAGAUCAAUGGAGAGGCCCAGCCAUGGCUGUCCACUUCCACAGAAGGGCUUAAGAUCCCCAUGACUCCUACAUCUUCUUUUGUGUCUCCACCACCACCCACUGCCUCACCUCAUUCCAACCGGACCACACCGCCUGAAGCGGCCCAGAAUGGCCAGUCCCCUAUGGCAGCCCUGAUCUUAGUGGCAGACAAUGCGGGGGGCAGUCACGCUUCGAAAGAUGCCAGCCAGGUUCACUCCACUACCAGGAGGAAUAGCAGCAGUCCGCCCUCUCCGUCCUCUAUGAACCAAAGAAGGCUCGGCCCCAGAGAGGUGGGGGGCCAGGGCGCCGGCAGCACUGGAGGACUGGAGCCCGUGCACCCAGCCAGCCUCCCGGACUCCUCCCUGGCCACCAGCGCCCCCCUGUGCUGCACCCUGUGUCAUGAGCGGCUGGAGGACACCCACUUUGUGCAGUGCCCCUCCGUCCCUUCGCACAAGUUCUGCUUCCCUUGCUCCAGACAAAGCAUCAAACAGCAGGGAGCUAGUGGAGAGGUCUAUUGUCCCAGUGGGGAGAAAUGCCCUCUGGUGGGCUCCAAUGUCCCCUGGGCAUUUAUGCAGGGGGAGAUUGCAACCAUCCUUGCUGGAGAUGUGAAAGUGAAAAAGGAGAGAGACUCGUGACUUUUCCAGUUUCAGAAAAACCCAAUGAUUACCCUUACCUAAAAACUGCUUGAAUUGUAUAUAUAUCUCCAUAUGUAUAUAUAUAUAUGUGUGUGUAUAUAUAUAUAUAUACACAUAUAUAUAUAUAUAUAUAUCCAAGACAAGGGAAAUGUAGACUUCAUAAACAUGGCUGUAUAAUUUUGAUUUUUUUUUUGAAUACAUUGUGUUUCUAUAUUUUUUGACGACAAAAAGGUAUGUACUUAUAAAGGCAUUUUCUUCUUUUGUUAACGUUAUUAGCAUAUCUUUGUGCUUUAUUAUCCUGGUGACAGUUACCGUUCUAUGUAGGCUGUGACUUGGCUGCUUUUUUAGAGCACUUGGCAAAUCAGAAAUGCUUCUAGCUGUAUUUGUAUGCACUUAUUUUAAAAAGAAAAAAAGCCAAAUACAUUUUCUGACGUUGUAAGAUUGCCUUACUGUCUGUUAUUCCUUAUUGCUGGCCCCUUUCUGAGGCUAGAGGCCAGUUGGUGGAGAAAGAAAGGAAAGGAGUGGAAGGGGUGCUAUUGUCAAGUGGGAAAUAUCACCAAGUUUGCCCCAAAAUAAUGUCUUUCGGAGGAGUAGGGAAAUAGGUUUGGAAUCUCUCUCUAUUUUGUUCGUAAAGUUCAGUUCUUGGGAUAUGGACUGAGAGGUGCUGCUGAGAGAUUUUCAAGAUUGUAUGGUUUUUGGUGGGGAGAGGGUCCUUUUUUAAAAAAAAAAAAAACAAAGUUGACCGCUGUUCACUUUCCACGUGAUCAGUUGUAAGAUUACGAUGCUGCAUGCUAGUUGGUUACAUAAUACACAAUUCCAGCGAUGGAGGCGGUUUCGAGGGGUGGUGAUGUGUACAAGAUGGCACUGCCAUCUUGGAGUGGAGCCUUGCUCUGCAGCGCCCCUUCAUCUCUCGGAACACCCCAGACCUCUGUUUGUUGUUGCUGUCAUUUCCUCUGAAGGAAUGGCAAGAAAAGUUGCAGUCUAGGUGAACUUGGAGAUCAUGGGGCUGGUUUUGUUUCUGUUUUGUGUUGUGUUUUGUUUUUAUCAUUUACCUGUAGUGCUAUUGCUGUUGAUACUAUCAUCUACACCCUGUUUCAGUGAGUGCUAAAUACAGUAUGGUACAAUGACAGUAACAGCUGCGGGUGAUGCCAGGGCUGUCUGUAGCAGCGUAUCAGUGACAGCCCAAGUGUGGGUGGAGGAAACCUGUAAUUUCCUUCUUACAUGUGUUUGAAAUACCAAGUAAAUAAUAUUGUUCUGGAAAAAAAUGAUAAAGUAGUGAAAAUUUUUAAAAUUCAGUGUUUUACAUAAUAGGCAGGCCCCACCUAAAACUAUUUUUAGAAGCCUUUUGUAAACUAAUUUCUUUUAAUCACUAUUUUGCAUCAGUAAAAUGAUUUUUUUAACCAUUAAAUCAUCGGUUGUUAGAAAUAGUUGUCUCACAGUGAUACUGGUUUUUCUUUUGUGCCGUUAUGAUUUAAUAUUGACAGGAACACUUUUAAAUCUUACGUUCAGGUGUUUGUAACUUGGCCUUGUAAUUAGGCUGAAUCAUGGCGUCUAGGUCUACUGCAAUGUGUGUGUUCACAGCCUAGCUUUCAUUUUAAUUUGGAAAAUACAGAUUACUACCAACUUUGGGUUCUUUUAGUUAUGUGUUUGUCUUUUUCUGAAAAAUUGCUCAAAAUGUGUUUAGUGGUCAAGUUACUAACACUUGAAAAUCAGAUACUGCAGCAAAUACAGUAUUUUUUGUAGUGUUUUAAAUGAAUGCACCUAUUACCAGUGCUGUGCGAAUUUAUGUUACCGGUCAUUGUUAUAUUGCAAACAGACUUGCAUGAUUAACCAGUUUGUCGUUACACUUUUUUUAAUUGGAGUAUGUAUGACUCAGAUCAGAUUGGUGUCUCUUGUGUGAACGUACACAUGCAAAAACAGUCAGUUUUACAUGCCCAUAAAGAUAUUUGUGAAGAAUUCAGCUAUUAUGAUGUGUUGUAUAAAUGUGUUUCUAGGCACUUUAUUAUAAACUGGAAUUUGACCUCACAGAUGUUACAACUUGAUCAGUCAUUUGACCUAAUUUGUGGUGGCUAUCUGUAUGUUUUGCAAUCUUAACACAGAUAAGCUCUCCAAAAGGAUUAAUAAAGAACCAUCCUGCUGUAGUGGAAAGGUCUAUCCAGCUGUGGAAAAGACAAACAGUAGUUUCUCGGUGCUGGUGAAGAGGGGAGAAAUUGAACAGCUUCAAAGGGCUGAAUAUUGAGGUUCCGGCUAUUAAAAUAUUAGGUCUGCAUGAGUCUGACUGGCCCUUGGGUGGCCUUUAGGAAAGGCCUAUAGUUGGAAGGAGAGUGUGGGUCUGGGUUCUUUUUCUGGCGUUCUCUUAAGUUAAAAAAUUAACAUUGGGAUGUGGGUUUGAUCCUUUGUUGGACCUGAUGACAGUGCACAGAUUCUCCACAGCUGGAUAGAAAUGUCAGAAAGCUACUUACUGUACACGGGCAGUAUCAGAUUUCAGAUCCUAAUAUUUCAGCUGUGCUUUUAAUACUCAGAAUAUUAGGGGCUGGGGUGUUGAAGCUUUCCCUUUUUUGCUUUAACAAUUUAUAGAAUUUAACAGAUGUACUGUCUUUCCUGUGGCCUCACAUUUAAAGUUAUGAGAACGUACACAUGGUUUACAACUUUUACUAUAUACCUUUCCUUGGCCACCAAGUAUUUUAAAAGUGUGCCACCUUUUAACCUUUACUUUUUUUUAAGUUGAAGGUGAUACUUUUUUCUAUAUAUGAUGAAAUUCAUGUCAACUGAAGUAAGUGUAAUCUCAGAUAUCAACAUUAUAUUUUAAAAUCACGCUAUGGAAAUAUCACCUGCAUUCUGUCAUUUGUCAGAUUUACAGUACCUUUUUUUCUUUUAACUUUUAGCAUUAAAUAAAAAAUAAAAUUGGGAGCACUGAA